AUGAGUGAUACGCCAUCAUUGGUUGCUGGUUCUCCUGAUACUUCUGGUUCCAUAGAUAUCUCUAUUGGGUCUAGUAGCAACUUAUCAAUAACUAGGCAGUUGGUCAUAGCAGUUGUCGGAGAAAAGUUUGUCCCUAAUGGUCAUUAUAUCUCAAAGACCAUCACAGAAAAUUUUAAGGAACGACAAGAUGCUACUGGAUACACAUGGAGGGGUGUUACUGAAUCCACUCGUAAAUUCUAUUGGCAUGAAUUUAUGUGGAAUCCUACAGAGAAUUCCAUAAUUGAAUGCACCUGGAAGAAGGUCUCAUCCAACUUAUAUACAAAAAGAAUAUAUCAUUGGCGAAGACAAAUAAACAAACCAAAUUUUGUGUUGGAUGAUGUUUGGCAAAGUUGGAAGACAUAUUGGGCUUCUGAUGAGUUUAAGAACAAAUCUCAUAUUGCAACUCAAAAUCGAUGUAGUGAAACUGGUGGUCCGGGCACUGGUCCAAGCAAGCACAUCGGCGGUUCCAGGUCAACAGCAACCGAAAUGGGCCGUGAACCAAAUUCAUGGGAGAUAUUAAAGAAGUUGCACUAA